AUGGCAGCAGCAUAUAAGUCAGGUAGAUACGACGGAUAUGGCGUCUCAUUCGAUUCGCGGUCGGGGUAUUACGAGACUCCGCAGCGAGAAAGAGACGGCGCGAUGUCUGCCUCGGACGAGGAGAGCCGUUAUUGCAAUCUUAAAGCGGACGCGCAGGCAGCAGCAUGGAACGCAUCAGCAGAGCCAGCGGGACCAUCGCCAUCCUUGGCAAAGGCAGCGUCGUGGCUCAUGCGCAAAGGCAGCCCGCCUGUCGAUGUCACACCGCCUGGCCUCCUGCCGGCGUCUCCGUCUCGCAGCUCAGACGGCCAACCGUCCGCUCAGUCGGUAGACCUCGACAUGGACGUUGGGGGGCCAGCAGCGGAGCAGCCGGUGGGGCGGUCAAGCGCUGUGUGGUUGCCGCUGCCGUCGCCGCGCGUGCAGGAGGAGUCCGCCGGCUUGGCAGCGCAGGAAACGAGGCGGCAAUCAUCGGGGGUGGUUGCGCGGAAGCAGCCGAAGAGCGAGAGCAGAAAUGUUCCCUGGUCGUUUCACCAGCUGCUUCAGGCGGACGCGGUAGGCGAGGAGCGCGUGGAGGCGGCGGAGCAGAGAAAGCAGAUCGCGCGGCGAAAGUCGCUUGAGACGAGAAGGGUGAGCAGAGAGGCACGUGCUCGACAGCAGGACAAGGAAGCCAGGGCGGCGGCGCGCGAUCACUCGUUAGAAAGAGUAGCGCGCCACCGAACAGCGAACGUGGAUCGGAACCGUUCGAUCCAACUAGGUAGCACGCGAGAGGCGCGGACGCGUUGGCCGCAACGACGAAGCGCAGCUGAGCGCCGCGCAGACGACAAGGCAGCGGCGAGUUCGGACAGCUCGUCCGACAGCGAAUGCGAAAGUAGAAUCGAGGGCGCGCGCAGGGGGCAGGAGGGACGCGAGGGGAAAGGAAGAGAGGCGACGAACGAUAACCCAGUGAGGGCCAUGAGGGAAGGAGGCAAAGCGACUGAUUUUCUGCACGACGGGUUGGGGGCCGCCGUGGGAGAGGAGUGGGGCACGCGAGACGAGGGGCUUGAGGUAGAGGGGCCGGAGGACGCGGCGCGUGAUAUUGGCAUCUUGGUGAUGGGGCACCCCGUGCUGCCGCACGACGUGCCUGCACGCGGCGACGCUGAGCACUGGGACAGUGAGGCGGGGGGAGAGAGGGCAGCGGGAGUGCGCGAGGGGGAGGGGGGGAUUGAAGGCCAGGUUGAGAACGAGGGCGCGGCGGUGCGGUUGGCGGGGUUACUAACGGACGACAUGUUGCAGUGCAGCUUCAUGGACCCGGGCAAGCGCGCGCUGGGCCUCGCGCACGACGACGACCACGACGAAGCUGCGCAUAACCGCCGCGUGCGCGCCAGCGCCAAUGAUCAUUUGCACGAAUCGACUCAUCGGACCAGCGAAGCCGCCCUCUCACACCACCUCCUCUUUCCUCCGCGCUCCGACGCCUCGCCUGCGUCUGCGCCCGCUCUUCAUAACUCCUUGCCGAGCGCCACCGAUGCCCCGCGAGGCGGUCUCGUGUUCGGCGUGCCCGUGUCCGCCCCGCUCCUUGCCUCCUCCGCUUCCCUGUCGGCCUUUGCCCCCACCGCCAAUUCUUCCGCCACUUUCGGAACACCCGCGGUGACACGGCUGCCGCUGUCGGUGCUGCAGCACGGGUCGCUCGUGUGUCUGCUGGCCGGCUCCUCGCGACUGGCGGCCGUGCGCUAUCAAGGAAGGUGGGAGCUGGGCACGCCGACGCCGUCAAGCGUUGACGACGGCUCCAAUGCCCUCGCGGCCUCUCCCGCCGACCCGCUCCGCCGCUCCGCCCACGCCGCGUCGCUGGCCGUGUGCGCGUCGCUCACGGGCGGGCUGGGCCGCUGGCCGCUGGACUGCCUCUUCGUGCUGCUCGUCGUCGCGCCCGCCCGCAUCGCGCUGCGCUCCCUCGCCGCCGACGGGCGCUGCCUCUCCGCCGCGCUGCUGCCCGGCGAGCGCGACUCGUUCCGCACCUGGUCCGUGGGCGACGCGGAGACCUGGGAGGUUCUGCCCGCCGGCACCGUGGGGGAGGGGGCGGCGGCAGCAGGGGAGGAGGGUGACGGGAGUGCGGAGAGCGCGGGCGGGUGGAGCUGGGGGAGGGAUGGCGUGGUGGAGGGCGGAGUGCUGCUGCGCAGCUGCGCAAGCCCCGCGCGCGUGCUGGACGUGGCGCUGUUCGGGCUGCUCGCCAAGACGCUCUCCGCGUGGCGCCACGUGGAGGCCGCCGCCGCCGCUGCGCCGCUGCUGCACCACCAGGUGAGGCAGCUACACCAUCGAGUGGGCGAGGAGGAGGCGGCAAGGCGAGAGGCGGAGGGGGCGAUGGAGGAGCGGCGGCAGCGGUGGGAGGAGGAGAGCGCGCGCAUGCGCGCGGAGGCGGACGAGCAGCGCGACACCAUCGAGCAGCUCCACGACCAAGAAAUUUCCAACGUGAAGGGCACUGCGCUGCGCUCUGCUCCGCUCUGCGCUGCUCUCACCGCCACGUGCCCUGCCGCCGCACUUGGCGUCGUUCGCUUCUCUCCCCUCGCUCUCGCGGCCCUUCCAUUUAGCCCCUCAACCACUCUCACUCUUCUCUUCUACGCAUCAACCCGUUGUCCCCCUUCCGCGUUGUCCCCCUUCCGCGUUGUCCCCCUUCCGCGUUGUCCCCCUUCCGCAGUGAACUCGCUCGGCGCGGAUCUCGAGCGCGCCGUGGCGCUGCUUGAGGCCGCCAGGCCAGCGCUGAAGGGGGCGCGCGGAGGGCCGCAGCGGGAAGCGGAGUGGGCGGAAGUGGAUAGCAUGGGGAAGGCGACUGGCGCGGAGGGCACGGGAGGCAGUGCGGGGAGUGAGGCGAGGGGAGGCGAUGGCGGGGCACCGGCGGAUGCGGACGACGAGGGGGAAGAUGCUCGCGAGGCAGGGUGGGCGGACGCGAGCGGCGGAAGCGGCAGUUUUACUUCCGCCACUCCCCAUGGGCCCCCCAGCCGUGCGCCUCCCACUCGCGCCCCUCCCGCCCCCGGCGCCAGUCACGGAGCGCCGCGGGAGGGGCAGCGCGACAGCCGCGGCGGCGGCAGCAGUGGCGCUCGCUCCCCCGUCACCAACGGCAGUUCGGCCGUGGCUCGCGCGCUCUCCGCCUCCUCCGCCUCCCCCUCCGACUCUGAGUCCGACUGCGGCAGCGGCGCUUCCCCCGGCCGCCGCAGACCCCCGUACGUCAUUGCGGAGCAACCGCAGCUCCGCGCGCACUAUCGGCCAGCCAGCGGCGGCGGCAACAACUUUUGGCAGGCGGCACGAUCGGCGGGCGGUAGGGGAGGCGCGGAGACGCGGAACGAGAGCGAUGCGGCUUCGGUACGGGCCGAGGGGAAGGGUGGCUCGCACGGCGCGCAGGGCGCUUCAGCCGUGGAGUCGGGCGUGUUGCUUCGCCGAACCUUCUCUCCCAUGCGCGGCCGCCGCAGCCUCUCGUCGUCGAGAGCGGACGCGGGCGCAAGCCGCGGGGUGGGGGACGCGGGAGGCGCGAGAAGCGCGCUGCAGCAUGUGAUGGGGAGGGCUGCGGGGGCUCUGGGGGCAAGGGGGACGCGUGGGGGAGAGAGCGCGGAAGAAGGGCGGCGGGGUGCGAGGCAUCCCGCGAGGGCAAGAGAAGAGCGCGAGGGGGCGCAAGUAGGGGCAGGGGGGGGCGGAGAGGAGGCGGUGGGAGUUGGGCUGAGAGGAGAGGGGGAGGCUCGCACGCAGCACGGGGAGGGCGGAGAGCGGAUGGGCGGAGGGGGGGAGGGAGCUAUCCGGGGUAUGGCGCAGCGGGCGCAGCGUGGGGGCCCGGAGGCGUGGUUGGCGGAGCAUCAGCGCGUGGUAGUGCUGGAGGAAGUGGCGGCUGGGGGAGAGUUGGCGCGCGGAGAGGCGGAGGAGGCGAGAGGGACGAGCGCCGCGAGUGGGGGGAGCGAGCCGAGCGGUACGAGCGGCGCGAGUGGCAUGAGCGGCAUGAGUGGGGUGGACGAGGAGUGGGAGGAGCAGCGCACAGAGCAGGGAUGGGUGCUGCGCCCUGUGUCACGUGCAGGCGCGGGGGCGGGGCCAGGGUUGAAUUCACAGGCUCGCUCGUAUGGCGUGUGCUGCACUGCGGACGAUGACGUGGCGGAUGACGUGGAGGAUGAGGUGGAUUCGGAGCAGGUUCGUCAGUCACAGCAGCAGGCGCGGAUGGGUGGGAGCGCGGGAGAGGGCAACGGGGAGAGCAGUGGGGAGAGCGGAAGCGACACUGGGAGUGGGUCAGGUAGGGGCGGUGCAGCAGCAGUGGCAAGGCCAGCGGCUGGGGCGGGCGCAAGCGGUGGGAUGGUAUGCAGCGGGGCAGCAGCUCGUGCUGCCCACACGGGCCGGCAAGGGGGGCCUGGCGCUGCUGCUGCUGCCGCUGCUCCCACUGGUGCUCGUGCCACUGGUGCUGGUGGUGCGAGCAGUGGAUGCGCACGGGGCUCCACAGGGGGGGCAGGGGCACAGGCGCAGGGGGCGGAGGGCGGGCGGGCAGGGGAGGGGGCGGGAGAGGAGCCCCCCUCCGCGCUGAAGCAGCGUGUGGCGGCCCUGCGCUCGCGCGUCUCCGCCCUGCGCGCCACCUCCUCCUCCCUCCUCGCCCCCGCUCCUGCCACCGCUGCUGCUGCCGCUGGCGCCGGUGCUGGUGGUGGGAGAGGGGCGGGUGGCAUCACUGCUGGGGUGGCGCAGGGAGGGGAGCAGAGAGGGGUUAGUGCGCGCGUGGGGGAAGGCCAGGGCGCAGAGGCUAGACGGGGGGGGCUUGCAGGCAUACAGGAGGGCGGCAGUGAAAGGAGCGGCAGCGACAACAGCAGCAUGUGGGGCAGCGGCAGUGCUGGAUACAGUGCUGCCAUUCCCACUAGCUUGACACACGCCGCUGCUGCUGCUGCCAGAGGCCUUGUGAGUGCGACUCACAGGCAGUUCGGUGCUGGCAGCCGGGCGGAUGGGCGGCAGGCAGGGUGGCAGGACGGUGGGAGUGAAGGGAGGGGUGUGAGGCAGGGCGGGAGGGGCGUGGAGGAGGGGAGUGGCGGUGGUGGUGGGGAGAGGUGGGCAGGUGUGCUCCGAGAGAGGAGUGGCAAUGUGCCGGAAGGACCACCCAGGGAGCUCAAGAAGCCAGCAGCAGCUUCAGCAGCAGCAGUAGCCUUAGCAGCAGGCAGAGCGCGCGCACGACCCGGGCUAGUGGCGGUGGAGCCGGGGGAGCGGCAUCUGCAGUCGCUGCUGCCCGUGCGCGUGCUGGUGAGGGAGAGGGCCUCGCAGAAGGGGGGAGAGGCGGCAGGGGCGCAGCAGAGCAGCGGUGAGGGCAGUGUGUGGCACGUGGGCAUGGAGCAGAGAGGGGCAGUGGGAAGGGAGAUGCGUGUCGCCGGCCGGACUCUCUCGUCCACCUCGGCGUCCUCUGACUCGCACGCCCUCCCUGUGCUCCUGCACUCGCCCCGCCACCCUUACAGCAGCAGCAGCCCGCGGAGUGCGAGUGGAGGGUCGAGCCCUGCCCUGGGCUUGCUCACGCGCUUCCUCUCCCCCUCUCGCCGCUCCCCGUCUCACCCUAGCCACCACCAGCACCCAAAUCAGAAUCCACAGCAGCAGCAGCACAGGGGCACACAGUCAGGUGCUGCAGUCCCACAGGCAGCAGCAGCAGCGGGCAUGCGGCGCAGCAGUCAGGGCAGGCAGGGCAGCAGCGGGCGGGCGUCGCCCCCCUCGCGGCGGCUGUGGGCCGUGGGGCGGUCCACAGAGAGGCGCGCAGAGGAGCGGCGUGGGGGGCGAGGGCAGAGCGGGGCGUGGGGGAGGGGCGCAGCAGAGCAAGCGCAGGAGGACUCAAUGAGCAGCACAGGAGGUGAGUCGUGCAUGAGGCAAUGUUGA